AUGGCAGGCGCUACCCCGCCAACCGGUGCCCUCGCUAACCUUAACCUUCAGGAUGACAACCAGAACCCCGAGGCCGCGUCGCCUAAUACCACGAUGGUUGAUGCGCCGGAGGAGCAUGUCGUCGAGGCGAAUGGCACCGAGGCUGAAGACGUCGCCAUCAUCAACCCCGACGCUAUGGACACCGACAGCCCCCUCCUGGCAACCGACCAUGAGGCCAUGAAAGAGCUUGUGCUUCCGCCCCUGGUAGAGGAACCUCGAACCAUAGACGACCAGGUCCACACGUGGUCCGUGGAAGGAUGGCGGGCGCUUUCUAAGAAGGAACAUGGGCCCAUAUUCCAAGCCGGUGGUUAUCCAUGGCGGAUCCUGCUCUUCCCGUUUGGUAAUAAUGUGCCCGAGCAGUGCUCUAUCUACCUCGAACACGGCUUCGAUGUGAACAACGUCCCCGACGACUGGAGCUGUUGCGUGCAGUUCGCGCUCGUGAUGUGGAACAAGAACCACCCCAAUAUCUACUUCCAACACUCCGCCCAUCACCGUUUCACAAAGGAGGAGAGCGACUGGGGGUUCACGAGGUUCCUCGAGACACGCAAGAUGUUCAACCCCGUCUGGGAGACUGCGGACCGACCCCUCAUCGAGAACGACUGCGCCAACAUCAGCGCAUACGUUCGGGUUGUUGAGGAUGAGACAGGCGUGCUGUGGCACAACUUCAACAACUACGACUCGAAAAAGGAAACUGGCUACGUCGGUCUCAAGAACCAAGGAGCCACCUGCUACUUGAACUCCCUUUUGCAAUCAUUAUAUUUCACCAACGCCUUCCGCAAGACAUCCACCUCGGCCGUGGGCACCGCCGAGCUCACCAAAUCCUUUGGCUGGGAAACACGCCACAUUUUCGAGCAGCAGGACGUGCAGGAACUCUCCCGGAAGCUUAUGGAGCGUAUGGAAGAGAAGAUGAAGGGCACCGAGUUCGAGAAGGCGCUACCGCAGAUGUUCAGCGGCAAGAUCAAGACGUACAUCUCUUGCAUCAAUGUCCCCUACGAGUCGAGCCGGAUUGAGGACUUCUGGGACGUCCAGCUCAACGUGAGUGGGAAUGAGAAUUUGCUGGAGAGCUUCCAGGACUACAUCCAGGUGGAGAAGCUCGACGGAGAGAACCAGUACUUUGCCGGCGACCAAUACAAGCUCCAGGACGCAAACAAGGGCGUCAUCUUCCAAGGCUUCCCCGACGUCUUGCACCUGCAGCUGAAGCGCUUCGAGUACGACAUCCAACGCGACGCUAUGAUGAAAAUCAACGACCGCUACGAGUUUCCUGAGGAGUUCGACGCCUCGCUUUACUUGGACAAAGAGGCGGACAGGUCAGAGUCCUGGGAGUACCAGCUACACGGCGUUUUGGUACACAGCGGCGACCUCAACGCCGGCCAUUACUACGCCUUCCUCAAGCCGGACAAGGAGGGCUGGUGGUACAAGUACGACGACGACAAGGUCACCAAGGCCACCAAGCGGGAGGUACUGGAGGAGAAUUUUGGCGGCCCGUUCAAGUUCCCUACCGGCCAGGUGCGGCCGCUCAGCAACAAAAAGGGACCGGUCAUGAGGCCUAAUAGUGCGUACAUGUUGGUAUACAUCCGAAAAUCCAGACUCGACAGCGUACUCUGCCCUGUCGCGGCAGAGGACACUCCAGGACAUCUCCAUCGGCGAUUUGAGGAAGAAUAUGUCGCCCGGGAGGCGCGGCGUAAGGAGAGGGAAGAACAGCAUCUUUACCUUGGUGUCAAAGCCAUCACUGAAGCGACAUUCCAGCAACACGGCAACACCGACCUUGCUAGCUUUGACGCGACGCCAGACGAGGACUCGGCUGCGCCUAGGCUCUACCGCUUCCUACGCACAGCUACCAUGCAAGAGCUAGUUGACCAGAUUGCGGCGGAUAUUGAACAAGAUCCGAAACGUGUGAGGCUCUGGAUUAUGGUGAACCGCCAGAAUAAAACAAUCCGGCCAGAUCAACCUGUGAUGGACCUUCGUCCGACCGUCGAGGAAACCUACAACAGAGCAGCGGCGCACAGGGACCAAGCACUCCGCGUGUGGGUCGAGGUGGCCGAGGAAGUCGACGCCGAGGGCGCCGCUGUGUGGCCGACAUACGGCCCCGGACUUGCCAACGGGGUUGUCGUGAAGAAUGACCUCAUUCUGCUUUUCCUCAAAUGGUUUGAUGCCGAGGCGCAAGCGCUGAAAGGCGUCGGUCAUGUGUACAUCAGCAAGGAGAAGAAGGUGGAGGAGCUCAUCCCCACCAUUAUGAAGAAGAUGAGCUGGGACAAGCUGCCGAGCGACGAGCGGAUCCAACUCUGGGAGUCUCUUAAAGCGGCAGAGCUCCAAGAUGGUGAUAUCGUUUGCUUCCAACGGGUUCACGAGAAGAAGUCGAAACUGAGCCUCACUGGGGGGAGCGAUAAGCAGCCGUCCGAGGAAGCGAAAUCGCUGGACCGGGCUGAGGACGCUCGUGAAUACUACGAUUUCCUUCUCAACAAGCGCACCGUCAUGUUUCGCGCGCAUCCUCAGAAAUGCGACCCCGACGCGUACCCGCCGUUUGAGCUGGUCCUGAACUCCAAGAUGAGCUACGACAAGUUGUCGGAACAAGUAGCCGAGAAAUUGGGGAUAGAAGCAACGCAUCUCCGAUUCUACACGGUCAAUGCCAGCUCAAAUAACCCAAGGGCCGCAGUUAAGCGUGGCCAGAACCAGACCCUCCAAAACAUUCUCGUACCCGCAGGCUACGGCCAGUUGAACAUGAACCAACGGAGCGACGCCCUGUUUUUCGAGGUGCUAGACAUGAGUCUUGCCGAGCUAGACACCAAAAAGAACAUCAAGCUCACGCUCCUCAGCGAGGGUAUCACCAAAGAGGAGCAAUUUGAUAUCCUUGUGCCCAAGAACGGUCAGGUGGAAGACCUCAUCGACUGUUUGACUAAGAAGGCAAAGAUCCCUAGCGAAGCAGAAGCAGGGCCGAUCCGGGUCUACGAAAUCAGCAACCACAAGUUCUUCCGGGAACUCGACCGAAGCUAUCCCGUCAUUAGCAUCAACGACUACACGACCGUCAUCGCCGAGCGGAUACCGACGGAAGACGUCGAAGUCACGGACCAGUCGCAGUUCAUCUCGGUGUUCCAGUACCAUAGCGAACCUAGCAGGGCGCAUGGCAUCCCGUUCCGGUUCCUUCUCAAGGAAGGCGAGCCGUUUUCAGAAACGAAGAAGCGGCUCGAGAAGCGCACGGGGCUGAAGGGCAAGAGCUUUGAGAAGAUCAAGUUUUCUCUAGUCCGAAGGGCGCAGUUCUCACGACCCCAAUACUUGACAGAUGAUGACAUCGUCUGGGAAGUGGCAACGGGUGCGGACGACUCCCUUGCCUUAGAUCACCCCGACCGGACGAGGUCGGUAAGGAACGGCGCUGGAGACCUGUUUCUCAAGGGCUAG